AUGUCUACCACAGAAUCUCAGCCUCCCGUCCCCCCUAGACCGUCUAGGAGUACCGAGAAACAGCCCGCUCCAAUGAUCCCUCCACGCCCGCUUAAGAGCCGCAUUGAGCGCUCCAUGAGCCCGAAUCCGAACCGCUUUGCGCCGUCGCCUCUUAACGAGGGGCCUAUUCAGCCCAAGUCAAGCCAUCCUCUGCGCAACGGUCACAAUGGCGAGGAAAUCAAGAGAUCCACGUCUGUCGACCUGCCCUCGCUCGGUCAGGAGGGCAUGGAAUAUGCCAAUCUCACCGAGAGCACUCCUUCCAGUGAGCAGAGUGCUGCCCCCGAGCAGACCAGGACUAUCGGUCACGAUCUCAAGCUUCAUGCGCCCAAGCCGUCUCUGCCUCCUGCCAAUGCCAAGCAGCGCAUCAUGGCCGUCACCCGCACUGAUAGCGACAGAGCCGCCGCUUUCGGAAUCGGCCGUCCCAGCAGUGACGACCAGUCCACGCACGUUCUCCCGUCCAACAAGAGUCUGAAGAAGAAGGCUAGCACUACUAGCCAGCUGUCGGUGGACUUGGAGGACGAGCCUGGCAUCCCCGAGAUUGGCCAGCAAGUGCCCAUGUACAAGAACGCUGGUGAUGUCCAGGCCCCCUCGCCUGCUCCCGGCGCAGGCCCCGACAAGGUCAAGCAUCACAGCCGUAGGACUUCUGCCCGCGGCAUUCUUCCUCCCGGGAGCUAUGGCCUCCACGGCCAUGGCGUUUUUGCUGCCGACAAGCUUGAAAAGGCGUAUUACGAGAAGCAUCCCGAGGCUCGCAAGAAGGAACACACGCCUUACCAGUAUGAUCGUGCCAACAACUUCUCGAUGAGCAGCGAGAACCUAAACAAGAUUGUGAGGGAAACCGCCAGCCGUGGCUCUGGUCUUGGUGUCCAGAACUACCCCGGUACCCCCAGCGAGCAGGUUGGAUGGCAGGCCAUUGAGGAAUCUACAUCCCGCGUCGCCUCUCCCCGCCCUCAUUCCUCCGGCCACAAGUCCCCUGUCAAGCCAACCUUUGCUGUGCAAGAUGAUAAUGGCGAGUCCCGCGCUCUAGAGGAGGACGAAGAGCCCAAGAAUGUAAUUCAUGUGGAUGAGCCCAACAGUCGCAGUUCAAGAGGCAAGUCCAUGGACGGAUCAGCACCGACGGCUGAGGAGGACGAGGAGUACACUGCGCCCAUUCUUGCCGAAGACGAGGUCGCCAAGAACCCAUCUCCCUACGCUCAUGAGCCGGCCGUUGUGCCCGGGCGCCGCGAAAGCGCUGAGCCCAAGAGCCGCCCGACUAGCAGACCGGCCAGCAUCUACAAGGAGAACUCGUUCGAAAUGCGCUCUACGCCCCUUGACGAUGUCGAGGAAUACGAGCCCCUCUUCAAGGACGACGAACAGCCCGCGAAGAAGCCUGAGGUUCCUCUGAGACCCAAGUCCGAGCAUAAGCGCCGCUUUCCUAGUGCUGAUGUCUGGGAGGAUGCCCCCAGCAGUACCAUGUACACAGCCGAAGUUUCCACACCGGAACCAAUUGCUGAGCAGCAGCAGGAGGAUGAGGGUCAGGAGCAGGCCAAGCCCCGGAUCGAACCUCGCGAGGGUGAGACCUUUGCUCAGGCGUUUGCCCGCCAGCAAGAGGAGCUUGCUGAGAAGGAGGCUCGGGAGAACGGCCCUGAUGGUUUCGUCAAGUCGAGUACCCCCAAGCCUUCUUCGCACCAGAGCAGACCUUCCUGGGUCCAGGGCCAGCCCCAUCUUCUGCAGGAAGUGAAGGAGGCUGCCAAGGCUGCCAGGCCGGCCAUGGCUCAGAGAUUCCCCAGUCGUGAUGUUUGGGAGGAUAGCCCGGAGAGCUUGCAGCUGCAGACGGAGGUCUCUACUCCCCAGCAAGACGAGGAGCAGACGGAAGAGGCGACGGCCGAAUCUGCCAAGAUCUCUCCUCGUACAGAGGAGCCUGAGCCCAAGAUUGACGAAAAGAUCUCCGAGAAGCCCGAGGCUAGGGAAGAGACACCGGAGCCAAAGGAGCCUGUCCCCACUUCCGCCGCGGUCACAGAACGAAAGCCCUCGCCACCGGCAAUCCCCUCACGUCCAUCUCUUCCCUCUCGCCCAUCCAUCCCCGACCGUCCCAAGCCCAAGCCGGCCCCCAAGCCCGCCAUUCCCGCGCGCCCCGUCAAAGCCAGCCCAACCUCAGGCGGCCUCGAACCCGCCGAGGCCGCUGCUCCUCCCCGUCAGAAGCCCGCCGUCCCCGCUCGUCCGAUGGGCUCUAAGAUUGCCGCUCUGCAGGCCGGUUUCAUGAACGACCUUAACAACCGUCUGAAACUUGGCCCGCAGAUUCCGGCGAAGAAGGAGGAGACAUCGGCUGAGGAGCAGGAGAAGGUGGAAGAGAAGGAGAAGGUGCCGCUUAGUGAUGCUAGGAAGGGCAGGGCGAGGGGUCCCCAGAGGAGGGCGCCUGCUGCUGCUAAGGCCGCUGCUGCUGCUGCUGCUGCGGCGCCGGCACAGACGGAGACUAAGAAGGACGAGGGGCCGAAGCUCAGUUUCUCGGUUUCGAUUAGUUAUUGGGCUAUUGAUCCUGAGAGUGAGGAGGGAGGUGUUAGUGUUGGCGUUGUUGAGUUGAAGGCUCUCACUGAGGAGAAGCCUGUUGAGGAAAAGCCCAAGGAGGAGGUUGAGGCUGAGGUCAAGACUGAGUCGCCAGCUGAGGCCGAGAAGCCCAAGAUUGAGGAAGUCAAGGAUGAGGCCAAGGCUGUGGCAGAGAAGCUUGUUCCUGAACCUGUCCAGAAGGAAGCUAAGGAGGAGGAAGCCUCGAAGCACGAGACCAAGGAAGAGAAGGCUCCCGAGCCCGAGUCCGAGUCCAGUGCUUCCCCCGAGGCUAUCACCUCCGAAGCACCCGGUGCUUUCCCCUCGACUCCCGCCAUUGAAAAGGAGGUCAGGGCUGAGGAGCAGGCCGCAGCCGAGGCCGAUGCCGAUGCCGAAUCUUCCGUUCAGGUUGAUACCCCUACUUCCACCGAAGCUCCUGCGCAUGAGCAAGUACCCAUCGAAGCCGAGCAGGCCGAGCAGGCACAGGCGGAGGAGACCAAGACGGAAGCCAAGGAGACUGAGACCAAGGAGACCCAGGAACCGCCUACCGUCACCGCUGCUUCUUCCGAGACCGAAAACGUGGAAGAUAAGCGCGAUGCUACUACCGCUUCGGCAAAGGCUGAGGCUGCUGCCGCUAGUACUCCGGUCACUAACUCCUUGGCUACUGGUCCUAGCUCUAGUUCUGAGGAGGCGCCAAAGGAGGAAGUCAAGUCUCUAGUGACUAACACUGCUGGAGAGACUAUUGUCCAGGCGCAUAUCAUCAAGGGUGAUAAAGGGGGAGUGACGCCGUUGGAGGUGGAGGAUAAGGGUGGUGAGGAGGCUUAG